GGCAACCCGUGCUGGUUGUGGUGAGUUACGUGUUGGGCGCCUAAAUAAUAAUAGCCUAGGGUUAUAGCUUUACGCAAAUCUCGACACUCAGCGACGCUUUCUCUCAGAGAGACUUCCACUAUCUGUUUUCACAUCCUGGCAUGUCCUUGUUCGAAUUCGUGAGAGUCGACGAGGAUAAACAUUUGAGUACCAUAUCGAGUCAAUAUCCCAUCUCUAGCUUGGACAAAGCUGGUUCACACCGUCUACUGACACAAGCUUCCCCAACGAUUGUGCAGGGGCGUGCCCGUGGCGACUCUGCCAUCGCUGUCAGAUCAACAACUUUGUCUAUAGAACGUUUACACCGGCGACAUGAGUCACUUGCCAUCCCAUCUCGACAGAUCCCAGAUUCACUGUCAACCCCAGGUUUGAAUCCUCAUCUUCCGAAAAAAGGGUCCGGUCGCAUGUACCAACAUAAGGGCGCCGGUUUCAUACCUCAAUCUCCUUCUAUUCGAACGUCAUCUAUGCAAUCCCUUUCGGGAAGCAAAGAAGACGUGUGGGGCACAUAUAGGCACACCCUGCAAUUCUCGUUGGCAGGUAUAUCAGCUUCAAGGGACCACAAACCACACAACCGUCACAGCUCUCUUAUAUCUCGCCAACGUUUUUCGCGCAGCAACAGUCGACUUCUGUCACCAUCGUCACUCCUCGACAUGCAAAGCCUGCUGCCCCCACCUGCCGUCUCAUCUCAUACCCGUAUACCCGUCCUCGAUAACCCUUCGGAAAAACAUACCCCACUCCUUGGAACAAACUCAUCGUCUUCCCAAUCUACACGUCGCUCCCUCGCAUUUUGGCUCAUUCUUUACUUUUGCUUCAACCUCGGACUUACCUUGUACAACAAAGGUGUCCUCAUCCACUUUCCUUUUCCAUACACCCUCACUGCGCUGCACGCUUUCUGCGGGACUAUCGGAGGGCUCGUAUUGCUGAAAAAUGGUACAUUCGUGCCCGCUGAGCUCACCACCGCAGACAACUUGGCGCUUGUGGCAUUUAGUGUACUGUACACUAUUAACAUCGCCGUCAGCAACGUAUCCCUGCAUCUGGUCACCGUUCCAUUUCAUCAAGUAGUCCGUGCAACCACGCCGAUUUUCAUAAUUAUUAUCUCCAUCUUCUUUUUUGGUACCCGGAGUAGUAAUCACAAGAUGAUAUCACUGGUCCCUGUCAUGGCCGGCGUUUGUUUUGCGACGUAUGGAGACUAUUCGUACACAACGAGCGGACUCCUGUUGACCCUACUGGGAACAGUACUUGCUGCCAUGAAAACCAUCUACACUUCUAUCCUACAGUCGACCCCGUCACCGAUUUCUCCGCAACCACGGGUAAAUUUUGUGAUUCCCCCGCGGUUACAACUGCAUCCGCUAGAUCUGUUGACGCGGAUGGCGCCGCUUGCGUUCAUCCAGUGCGUUUUCCUCGCAUACCUUACGGGAGAAUUAUCCCGCGUGCAUACAUGGAGUUUGUACGAGAUGACGCCUGGAAACGCGGCGCUCCUUGGACUUAACGGCUUCAUUGCGUUUGGUCUGAAUAUUGUGAGUUUUACGGCAAAUAGGGCAGCAGGCCCUCUGAGUAUGACUGUUGCUGCCAAUGUCAAACAAGUACUCUCCAUAUUUUGUGCGGUUGUUCUAUUCAAGCUUACAAUAACGCCGACAAACGCGCUUGGGAUACUUCUUACGAUCGCUGGUGGAGUGUGGUACGCAGCCAUUGACUAUCAAGAAAAGAGAGGAAGAUGGAGAAAGUAGAUGAUGAUUGAGGUGAUGAUUAUGCUAGGACAGCUCAUUCUUAGUGAUUGCAAUUUACUGUAGCCCCUUCGUUUUUCGACAUGCACAUUGUAUGUGCAUGUACACGUCCCAUCUUUUUGGCACUCAUACCCUAUCUGUAACAUAGAGAUAUAUCACGUCUGGCGGACACAUGUGUCAACAUUCAAAUGGAAGUUGAAUUGAUUUAA